AUGAACACCACACGCUUUGCAUUCUCAUUCCAGCCCGUGCUGCUCAACACCACCGAGGACUUCAACGACUCCAUCCCGACCAACCGGAGCGGCGACGGAUUUUGCGAGCAGGUCUUCAUCAAAGCCGAGGUCUUCUUGACUUUGGGGAUCAUCAGCCUGCUGGAGAACAUCCUUGUCAUCCUGGCAGUGCUGAAGAACGGGAACCUGCACUCCCCCAUGUAUUUCUUCCUCUGCAGCCUGGCCGUGGCAGAUAUGUUGGUGAGCAUGUCGAACGCCCUGGAGACCGUCAUGAUUGCAAUCCUCAGCAGUGGCUACCUGAUCAUUGACGACCACUUCAUCCAGCACAUGGACAAUGUUUUUGACUCAAUGAUUUGUAUUUCUCUGGUAGCCUCCAUUUGCAACCUCUUGGUCAUAGCCAUCGACAGGUACAUCACUAUUUUCUAUGCCCUCCGUUACCACAGCAUCAUGACGGUGAAGAAAGCCCUGACCCUCAUUGUGCUCAUUUGGGUGGCUUGCAUCAUCUGUGGCAUCAUUUUCAUUGCCUACUCGGAGAGCAAAACUGUCAUUGUGUGUCUCAUCACCAUGUUCUUCACCAUGCUGCUGCUGAUGGCCUCGCUGUACGUGCACAUGUUCCUGUUUGCCCGCCUGCACGUCAAGCGCAUCGCGGCGCUGCCCGUCGAGGGCGUGCCCCCCCAGCGCACCUGCAUGAAGGGGGCCGUCACCAUCACCAUCCUCCUGGGCGUCUUCAUCGUCUGCUGGGCGCCUUUCUUCCUCCACCUCAUCCUCAUCAUCUCCUGCCCCAUGAACCCCUACUGCGUCUGCUACGCCGCGCACUUCAACACCUACCUGGUGCUGAUCAUGUGCAACUCGGUCAUUGACCCGCUCAUUUACGCCUUCAGGAGCCUGGAGAUGAGGAAGACUUUCAAAGAAAUCGUGUGUUGCUGCUAUGGCAUGAGUGUGGGACAGUGCAUGCUGUAA